CCUGUCCACUUCGUUGUCUCGCCCCGCGGUGGGCAGGUUGCGCGCCACUACGUACUGCCCAACCCUCGCCGCGGUAUCGUAACUCGUAAUAAGAGGUUGAGACUUGAGACGGGGAGACCCAAAUCGCUCGUGUUGCGCCUAUAAAUGUCGUUGAUUGCCGCAUCAUUACUUCACAAGUUCACAUCUCCAUCCCCAUCGAGUUCUUCGUUUUCUGACUCUUGUCAGCAUGGCACGCUUGCCUCCUCUUGCUGUGGCUUCCGGCGCUCUCCUCCUGCUGUUCGUCUCGGUCUCGCCGUGCCGCGCGGCGGCAGGCGGCGGGCCGAGCUCCGUGGUGCUGCCGGUGAGCAAGGACGACGCGACGCAGCAGUACGUGACGAUGUUCCGGCAGCGGACGCCGCAGGUGCCCGUGAAGGCCGUGCUGGACCUCGCGGGCACCAUGCUCUGGGUGGACUGCGACGCCGGGUACGUGUCCUCGUCGUACGCCGGCGUGCGGUGCGGUGCCAAGCCCUGCCGCCUCCUGAAGAACGCCGGCUGCGCCAUCACCUGCCUCGACGCGGUAUCCGCAGGCUGCCUCAACGACACCUGCAGCGAGUUCCCGAAGAACACCGCCACGAGCGUCAGCACCGCCGGCAACAUCAUCACCGACGUGCUGUCGCUGCCCACCACCUUCCGCCCCGCGCCGGGGCCGCUCGCCACCGCGCCGGCGUUCUUGUUCACCUGCGGCCACACGUUCUUGACCCAAGGACUCGCCGACGGCGCCACCGGCAUGGUGUCCCUCAGCCGCGCCCGCUUCGCGCUCCCAACGCAGCUCGCCGACACCUUCGGCUUCUCCCGCAAGUUCGCGCUCUGCCUCCCCCCGGCCUCCGCGGCCGGCGUCGUCGUCUUCGGCGACGCGCCCUACACGUUCCAGCCAGGGGUGGACCUCUCCAAGUCUCUCAUCUACACCCCGCUGCUCGUCAACCCGGUGAGCACGGCGCCGUACGGCAGGAAGGACAAGACGACCAAGUACUUCAUCGGCGAGACGACCAUCCAACUGAAAGGCCGCGUCUGGAGAGAAAAGUCAACCGAUUACUUCAUCGGCUUGACGGGCAUCAAGGUUAACGGCCACACCGUGCCGGUAAACGCGACGCUGCUGGCCAUCGACAAGAAAGGAGUGGGCGGCACCAAGCUAAGCACGGUGUCCCCCUACACCGUGCUGGAGAGAUCCAUCCACCAGGCGGUGACCGACGCGUUCGCGAAGGAGAUGGCCGCGAUCCCGCGAGCACCGGCAGUGGAGCCGUUCAAGCUGUGCUACGACGGGAGGAAGGUGGGGAGCACGCGCGUGGGGCCGGCCGUGCCGACCAUCGAGCUGGUGCUGCAAAGCACGGGUGCCUCGUGGGUUGUGUUCGGGGCGAACUCGAUGGUGGCCACCAAGGGAGGCGCGCUCUGCCUCGGCGUGGUGGACGCCGGCACGGAGCCGCAGACGUCGGUUGUGAUCGGUGGGCACAUGAUGGAGGACAACCUGCUGGAGUUUGACCUGGAGGCAUCGCGGCUGGGGUUCAGUUCAUACCUCCCGUCUCGGCAGACGACCUGCAAUAAUUUUCGCCUCGGCUAGCAUGUAGCAGUGCUGGCAUUUGCCCCGUUCCCAAGUAUGCAUGGCCAUACCUACAAAUUUUGGGUCCCCCGGUGUUUAACACAAAAUAAGGCCUUAUGUCUGAAAAUACCAAUCUCUGAAUGAAAGAGUGAGUUUUUGCCAAAGUUUCA